ACAAUACCCAUAAUCCCCCAAGUCCCGGCGUUGACGCGUCCUUUCAGACAGGCGUUGCAGGGGGGAAACUACAAUACCCAUAAUCCCCCAAGGCCCGGCGUUGACGCGUCCUUUCAGACAGGCGUUGCAGGGGGGAAACUACAAUACCCAUAAUCCCCCCCAUGUCCCGGAUCCCCGGUAUUUCGCCAUUCACGCGAGAUGUCGUCAUGUUUCGGGGUCGCAGCCGGUCUUCUAGCAACAGAGAAGCUGUUGCGUGGGCCGGUGUGUGUGUGUGUGUGUGUGUGUGUGUGAGAGUGUGUGUUCGCCGUUUUUCUCUCAGGAGCAUCGCCAUUUCCCCUGCUAACGGGCGGUAGCAGGUAGCACUAGCGCGCUUCACCCAGGGACGAUGUCGGAAGCGGAUCCGAAAUCUGCGCAGGACCUGACCUCGGUGGUUCAGACCCUUCUUCAGCAGAUGCAGGAUAAGUUCCAGACCAUGUCAGACCAGAUCAUCGGGAGGAUCGACGAGAUGAGCUCGCGGAUCGACGACCUGGAGAAGAACAUCGCCGACCUCAUGACCCAGGCGGGCGUGGAGGAGGCCGAGGGCGGGGCCAAGGAGAGUCAAGGGGCGUCCUGA